UUCUGCUAACUGCUGUGUCCCGUCGGUUUCCCGCGCGCCGUUCGUUUCGCUGCCUUUGGGGUUCCUCCCCGCCCGGCAGCGCGGCGGUUGUUGACGCGUUGCUUAGCGACGGGCGCGCGGCCCGGCCGGUGGCACAGGGUCCGCGUGCCGAUUCUCGCCCGCUGAGGGGAGAUGGGAGUGGAGGAAGCGGGCUGCGGCCCCGCCAAGCCCUCGGGGAACAGGCGGCCCCAGAAGCAGGAGCCGCUGGGACACGUGAAGAAAAGCAAGCAGCAGGUCUCUGACGGCUUCACUGUCAAAGCCAUGAUGAAAAACACUGUGGUACGGGGGCCCCCACUUGCAGGAGCAUUUAAAGAGAGACCAACAAAGCCCACAGCAUUUCGCAAGUUUUAUGAACGAGGAGACUUCCCCAUUGCUGUUGAGCAUGAUACGAAAGGGAACAGAAUAGCAUGGAAGGUAGAAAUUGAGAAGCUGGACUAUCAUUAUUAUCUGCCUUUGUUUUUUGAUGGACUUUGUGAAAUGACAUUUCCAUAUGAGUUUUUUGCUCGUCAAGGAAUCCAUGACAUGCUGGAACAUGGUGAAAACAAGAUUCUUCCUGUCAUUCCUCAGCUCAUUAUCCCAAUAAAAAAUGCACUGAGCCUUCGAAACCGACAGGUCAUCUGCAUCACACUGAAAGUCCUCCAGCACCUGGUGGUAUCAGCAGACAUGGUGGGAGAAGCCUUAGUGCCCUAUUAUCGGCAAAUCCUCCCAGUCCUAAACAUCUUUAAGAACAUGAAUGUUAAUUCAGGUGAUGGGAUAGACUACAGCCAGCAGAAGCGUGAAAAUAUUGGAGAUCUGAUUCAAGAGACACUGGAAGCCUUUGAGCGCUACGGUGGAGAAACUGCUUAUAUAAACAUUAAGUACAUGAUCCCUACUUACCAGUCGUGCAUAUUAAACUGAGUGGUAUCAAAUGGGAUGAUUCCAUUUGUGUUUAAAAAUAACCAAAAACCUGUGUCUGACUCUGUGUGGCAUCUUGUUAGUCAUGCUUUUUUUCUGUACAGCUGCUAAAAUAGUGGCUUCUGGGGCAUUAGAGUGUUAGUACUAUUGUGAACAAGUCUUUCCAACACAUAAAUAGUGCCUGUUCCUUUGAUUACAAUGGUGUACUGUGCUUGUUUGUUCCGUGAAAGAAUUGCUUCUUUAUGGCAGAACUGACUCGAGCAGGAAUCAGAGUUAAACCUUCAGUUGUGUAGACAAUAAAACUAUAAUUUUCAUAUGCAAUUCAGCAAUCGCUGUUCUGUGUCCGCUUGCCCUGAGGGUGAUGUCAGAUGCUGUAACAAGAAGAGUUUAUGCUGACUGCUUAAUAGGUGUUUGUCAUGGAAGAGAAACACCAGUUCAGCAGUGUCUCUGUAGCAGCUGUGCCAAAUAAUGUGCACCAACAUACAAUAAAACUGUUGAACGUAUAUGUCCAUUAUAGUGGGAAAAGCUAUAUGGCCCAUUAUAAAGCACCGACAGAAAAUUAAUGAAUGUCCCUUACACACUCAUGGUCUAAGCUUCCAGGUGUUUAGAGCUUGGGUUCCUUCAGUAAACAUCAGGCAUGGCCACAAUUUUGAAUGAAAAAGACAAAAAACCAGAACUUAAAUAAAUCAGACAGAAUAUACAGUGUACAGAAUAUUCCAGAUCCUACUGGCAUUGUUCAGCUUGGUAAAUACAGAAUACAAACCUGUCUUAUAGGAUGCUGGAUAUUUAUUUUAACUGCAAGGUUGCCAUCGCUUUUCUAUUAUUAUUGUAGUAUACACAUGUAUAAGCAAUAUAACUAUUGUCACAGUAAUCCUCUACAUUUCCUUCUUGCUUACUUUCUUCCUGUAUAGCCACAACACAGAAUUGACCAUAGCUUUAUG